UUAUUAAUAAAUAAAAAUAAAAAUAUUACAUGUAAAUUAAAAAAAACAAAAAAAAGUAUGUAAUAUUAAGCAAAAAGAGAAAUUCUAAGCAAAACUAAUAGUUUCCGAAAACUACGCCGUUUUAGUUUUACAUAAAACUAUGUAAAACUAGAUAGUUUUGGUAUAUACCAAACUAAAAGAAAAUAAGACAAAUUAAACCCUAAUUCUAAGCCUCCACCCUCUCAACUCAAGCCUCCAUCCUUUCAACUCAAGCCUCCACGCCGUCACAUUCGCCGUCGCCGUCGCCCUUGAUGUAGUCGUCAGCUGCAGUGGUCGUCGCCCUAGCUGCAAUCGCCUCCACCUUUGCUGCCGUCGUUGUCGCCAUUGCUGCAGUAGACAAAGAUUCAUAGAAAAAUGAAGAAAGGAAUCCACCCUCAGAUGCAGUGGAUAUCCUAUGUGACCCAGAGUGGGAGAUUGAUGCACAUUAUGAUGACUAAAAUUCACCAUGUUGGUAAAGUCUACCACUUCAGGGCAAGACGACAAUUGGCUGAGAGUUUAGGACAAGUUGCCAAGUUUAAGCGUCGCUAUGGCCAGGAAGAUGCUGAAGACACUGCAAAAUGACCCUUUCUAUUAUUUUUUCUUCUUUUUGUAAGAGGCUAGAAGGAGCUUGGUAUUGGUGCUCAGUGAGUGCUCUGCUGCACAAUAAAUUUCUUAUAUAUGGGAGGAUAUUUAUUAGGUCAGUUUGCUGUCAUAUCACUUCCCAAUAACAAUCAUUGCAAGCAGCUUUGCCAAAUUUAGUAGUUCAUUUGGGUGCUAUGAAAAUGGAAACAUUAAGGUGAAACUCUCUGUAUUGUGGAUUUAUAGCUUACCUGUGGCUGUGAUGAAUAUGUAGCAGUUAUGGAUUUCUCGUUCAAUGAGUUUAAUAUCUGUUUCUUUCAGAAAUAUCUUGUCUGUUUAUGAUUACUUUUAGUUGGAGUUUUGAUUAUGUAUAACUUUUUUUGUAUAAUUUGAUGCAUGGCUUUGUAAUUGUCCUGCUUCUAUUUGUUAUGGUCAUGAUGUAAUGUAUGAAUUAAUAACUGAUAUUGGUUUUAUUGUUGAUCAAGUGGUCAGAUUAUUUGCCAAUUAAGGUUGGGGAUGGGGACAUAGAAAUGUUAAAACUGUUUGUUGCGUCCUUUGCAUCAAAAAAUAUUUUUCAUUUUCUUUUGCUUAGUUGAUUACUACAGUAGCCAUGGAAUUCUUGGAACCCUUUCAAAAAUUGUUGGAGUUUCAUUUGAUGGGGCUUAGGCAGCCAUUGCUUUUCAUGUGUGUUUCUGCUGUGAUUAGUUAAUGAUAUAAAACCUAACAGAUGAAGCAAGAUAGAAUGGUGGUUCACAAUCUUAAUUGGUGGCUCAUACAAAGUUGGUAAUGGUUUGGGGAAAAAAAAGGGAGUUCCAUGGAAUGUUAUAUACACCUCAUGUCCACCAUGUGGGCCAUAACCUCAAGAAAACUGCCCUACCACCACUCUUUUUAAACAAAAACAACAGCCAUUGUUUCUUGAAAUAGCACAAGUUCAAGAACAGUUCGAUCACACCAAUUAGCAUCUGUAACUACUAUCAUGGAUUUGUAAAAGCAAAAGACUACCUUCAAUACACAAAGCAAAAAGAAAAAGAAUAAGCCAAUCCUCUCCCCAAUCACGUACUUGGUGAUUACUGCCUCCUAUAACACGUGUCUUCAUCUGUAACCUAUGUAAGAAAAACAUGAAUUCCCCAAAAUAUUCAAGCUUCUCUUUUUGGGAAGAAGAUAAUUGAGUUUUUAUGUAUAAAUGUAUAUCUCGUUUUCUGUCUUAUUCUUUAUGUAGCUAAAAAUAAUGCAGCUAGGCAAUGCUUUUAUUGCCAUCUUGCUUAUAUUGAUACUCUUUUGUAUAUCAAUAGAUUUUUCAGUAGCAUCAGCAGGAUUGAAACAGAAUUUCACUAUUGUCAUAUCACAGUCACCGUGGCUCAAGAACGUGACGGAAAACCUCCCGCAUCCUUACCCAUACCCACCGCGACUGUUGCCUGGGUGCAGGAGAACACCAUGGAUAUGUAGAGAGGGAAUGCAUCUACCUAGAGCUCGAAUGCAUUGCUGCAGAAACAAAUGUGUUGAUGUGUCUUCUGAUAUAAAUAAUUGUGGUGUCUGUGGAAUUAGAUGCCCCUUUACUUGGCAAUGUUGUCACGGUUUUUGCAUUAAUACCAAUGUCAGUCCUUUCAACUGUGGCAGUUGCGGUAACAAAUGCCCCUGGGGUGUCCUAUGCGUUUAUGGGAUGUGCGGAUAUGCUGAACCAUGGCCACCAUGGCCUCAUCCCCAUCCCCAUCCCCAUCCCCACCCCCACCCUCACCCUCACCCUCACCCUCACCCUCACCCUCAUCCUCAUCCUCAUCCUCAUCCUCACCCUCCUCCUAAACCGCCAAAACCAUGGCCGCACCGCCCUCCUCAAUCUCCUCCUAAACCAAUAAAACCAUGGCCACACCACCCUCCUAAAGCUGACCAUGAGCCAUCUCAAAGUGCAAUGGGUCCGAGUUAUUGAUCAUGUUGAAGUUGGGGACUUAUAUACCUAUCUGAGCUAAUCCCUAUUCUUUGAGUAAAAUCUUGAGCUCUCCUAUGUUGGAAUUUCUAGUAUAUUUAUGUAGGUGCCUCUUUCUUGUUUUAUGUUUAGGGGCACUAAAACCAACAAUGUAAUAUGGUCAGUGGUUGGUCGGUGGCAGUUGUUUGAAGGUAGCAUGUUUUCUAAGAGAGUCUCGUAAUCUCUGUUAUAAAUUUACAAUAAAAACAACUGGUGGUGUUUUGCA